AUGGCUUCUUGUUUGCUUAUUACUGCAAUUAUCUGUGUACUUUUGACUACCGUUGCUACUAUUGUUGCAUUCGCUACUCCCAAUUGGAUUGGUUUUCGAGGAAUAAAUGACCAGAACUUAUGUGAAUGUGGCACAGGGAAUAAUUGCGACUGUGGAUUAUGGCUAUUUUGUACAGGUGGAAUAACUUCGACUGGAAGUUUAGAUAACUGCAAAUGGUUCUUUUCAGAAGAUUUCAGAAUUGAGAGAAAUAUGCCAGAUUGGUUUAAAGCUGUACAAGGAUUAUUUUCGUGUGCUAUAGCUACAAGUUUAUUAGCUCUAUUGAUAGGAUUAUUUUCACUAUGUUGUUACUGUAAAACAUGUAAUCCACAUCAAGCUGCUGGUGCCUUCAUCAAUCUUACCUGUGAAGGGUGUGGAGUUGGGUAUUGA